CCCUUAAAGAAGGUAUAUAUUCAUUUUACGUACGGGGAGGCCAGAAAUAAGAGCGUUAGGGGUCGAUAACUUCCCACCUGGCCUGAUUCCACAUCCUCCGACGGCGUCUGUGAGAUGAAGACCCAGCAGCCUCUUCACGUGGCCACUCCGGUGAGGCACAGCCUGGCUCUCACCAAGGCGGCCGGCACCUCUGUCUACCUCAAGCUGGACUCGUCCCAGCCGACAGGUUCCUUUAAGAUCAGAGGCAUCGGCCACCUCUGCAAAACAUGGGCAGAGCGAGGAUGUGAGAGAUUCGUCUGCUGUUCAGGAGGAAACGCUGGCAUGGCAGCUGCCUACUCUGCACGCCAGCUGGGGAUUCCUGCAACCAUCGUGGUUCCGAGCGUCACCCCCAGGCAGACGGUGGAGAGGCUGAAGGACGAGGGGGCAGACGUCGUCGUCCAUGGAAAGGCUCUGAAUGAAAGCAUUGAAUAUGGACAGCAGCUCGUGGCAAACAACCCGGGCUGGAUAUACGUCUCUCCCUUUGACAACCCGCUCAUAUGGGAAGGGCACACGUCUUUGGUGAAGGAGCUGGAGCAGGAUCUGAAGGAGAAGCCUGGAGCCGUCGUGCUGUCGGUGGGAGGUGGAGGCUUGCUGAACGGAGUGGUGGAAGGACUUCGCCGCGCCGGCUGGGCGGACGUGCCCAUCGUAGCCAUGGAAACCGUGGGAGCGCACAGCCUGAACGCAGCCGUGGAGGCAGGAGAGCUGGUCACUUUACCUGCCAUCACGAGCGUUGCAACCACACUGGGCCUGGUGAGGGUGUCUGCUCAGACGAUGAAGCUAGUGGACGAACACACAGUUUUCUCACAAGUGGUCACUGACCAGGAGGCUGUGAGAGCUGUCGAACUUUUUCUGGACGAUGAAAAGAUCCUGGUGGAGCCGGCCUGCGGUGCGGCCCUGGCAGCCGUGUACAGUGACGUUAUCAAAAGGCUGCAGGCCGAGGGCAAGCUGGCCCGGCCCCUGGGCCCCGUGGUGGUGGUUGUGUGCGGCGGCAACAACAUCAGCAUGGAGCAGCUCCAGAGGCUGAAGAAACAGCUCGGCAUGAUCUAGUGCCGCCGACUACCUCGGGUCUUCCCGACCUUUUUGUUUCUGCCUCUCUGCCCAUCAGCCGUCCAUAAACAACGUUAUUCACGCGCUCCUUGGUUCGAAUCAUUCCUGGCUGAAAAACUCUUGUGAGCGCUGACACCAACUAAAAUGUUGCGGUGGGAUGGUGCAAAUAUUUUUUUUUAUUUAAAGAUUCAAAUGUGUUUUUUUUUUUUUUUUUGUUUAAAGAUCUAAAAUUCCGUUUUUUUAAAAAGGUAUGGACGUAUGAUGCGGAAAACUGACACACUGCCUUGGCAUUUAGUUUUAAACAUCUUUGUUUGCUUGUAAAAACGUCUGUGUAAUGUUGUUUAGCUUUUUUAUUUGUACUCAAAAGAUUAAUAAACGUUUCUUUGUUUUUCUUA